AAGAUCAGCUCUGAGCUGAGGCCUGUCAGCAGGGCGGGCGGCCUCAUGGAGUCUCGAAGACGUGUUGGGCUGCACCACACGGGAUGUAUGAGCUGACAAGUCCCAGAUCUGAGCUCACACAGCCAUGGGGGACUGGAACCUGCUGGGAAAGCUUCUGGAAAAAGCCCAGGAGCACUCCACCGUUGUGGGCAAGGUGUGGCUGACCGUCCUCUUCAUCUUCCGCAUCCUGAUCCUGAGCGCAGCCACAGAGAAGGUCUGGGGUGACGAGCUGUCGGGCUUCACCUGCGACACCAAACAGCCUGGUUGUGAGAAUGUGUGCUAUGAUAUCACAUUCCCUAUCUCCCACGUCCGCUUUUGGGUUCUACAGAUUAUCUUUGUGUCCACGCCCACAUUGAUCUACCUGGGACACAUCCUCCACCUGGUGCGGAUGGAGGAAAAGCACAAAGAGAGGGAGAAGAACCAUUAUCACUCAGACAAGCAGGCCCUCAUUGCAGAGACCAAGCACAAAAAACCUCUAGUGAGGGAUGACCGGGGCAGAGUGCGCCUGCAGGGGGAGCUCUUGCGGACAUAUGUCUUUAAUGUGAUCUUUAAAACCUUGUUUGAAGUGGGAUUCAUUGUGGCUCAGUACCUCUUGUACGGCUUUGAGCUUAAGCCCAUGUACACAUGCGACAGACCGCCCUGCCCCAAUGUGGUAAACUGCUACAUCUCCAGACCCACAGAGAAAACCAUCUUCAUUAUCUUCAUGCUGGGAGUGGCCAGUGUUUCUCUCUUCCUAAACCUCAUAGAGAUCUACCACCUGGGCUUCACCAAGUGUAGACAGGGCAUCACUUUCAGACGACAGCUAAAGGCCGCUGGGGGUCACCGCAAGGAGCCCAGCGAGGCCUCGGUGCCCUUUGCGCCCAGUUAUGAUGAAUUCUUCCACACACAUCACCAAGUCCAGCCGGCCUACCCGCCCGUCCCCAGCUACAACCUCUCCCCUUUGUCUGACGCCGAGGACUCAACCUUCCACCCUUACCACAGCAAAGCAGCCUAUAAGCAGAAUAAAGACAAUUUGGCAGUGGAGAGGAGCAGCAGCAAGCCAGAGGAAUGCGACCUGAAAGGAAAGAAGGGAGCAGGAUCAGCCCCUGGGUCACCUACGCAGGCCAGGCCGGGCCGCAGCACCAAACACAGCAGCAACAAGACUAGAAUAGACGAUCUGAAGAUAUGAGGAGGUUUAUGUUUCUCUGAGGGGUCUUAAAUUUGCUGAGAGGGGAUCGGAUGUUGUUUGGAAGCAUUUGUACUUGCUGAACUGAGUCCCGUCUUUAAGAUGGCGCGGGUUUGACUCAUUCCAACUUUGAAGGGUGUGACAUUUUUUAGGCACACAGAGAAGCUACAGUUGUUCAGAAAUGUGUAACGACCGAUCAGGUUCAAUGAGAACUUUCUCAUUAACAUGAAGUAGUGCUUCUUUGAGGAGUGUCCAUGGUAACUCAUUUGAUCUCACAUUAGACUGUAUUUACAGUGUACUGAACACUGUUUUUGGCAACACCACAUUUUCAGCCCAUGUUGAUUUAUAUAUAUUUUUU